GCUUCCCUCCUGGGGCAGUCUCCGUCACAAACAACCACCACCACCCCACCCCUCCCCUCCUUCCCUCUCAGCUGUGAGCUCAGAGCAGUAGGACAAAGUGCCUGGGACAAGGACAGAGGCCUGAGAGCCGCCAUGGGCUCUGGAGGAGUGAGCCUCCCAGGGGCCGGGCGGCCCCUGCCCCUCCUGCUCCUGCUCCUCACGGGAGGCAUGGCCCAGGACUCCCCGCCCCAGAUCCUAGUCCACCCCCAGGACCAGCUGCUCCAGGGCCCUGGCCCCGCCAGGAUGAGCUGCCGAGCCUCCGGCCAGCCGCCUCCCACCAUCCGCUGGCUGCUGAAUGGGCAGCCCUUGAGCAUGGUGCCCCCAGACCUACACCACCUCCUACCUGAUGGAACCCUCCUGCUGCUGCGGCCUCCUGCCCAGGGACGGGCCCACGAUGACCAGGCCCAAUCCGCAGACCUGGGCAUCUACACCUGUGAGGCCAGCAACCACCUGGGCACAGCAGUCAGCCGAGGUGCUCGGCUGUUUGUGGCUGUCCUCCGGGAGGAUUUCCAGAUCCAACCUCGGGACACAGAGGCUGUGGAGGGCGAGCAGGUGAUUCUGGAAUGUGGGCCGCCCUGGGGCCACCCGGAGCCCACAGUGUCAUGGUGGAAAGAUGGGAAACCCCUGGCCCUCCAGCCGGGGCGGCACACGGUGUCCAGGGGUUCCCUGCUGAUGGCAAAAGCAGAGAAGAGUGACGCAGGGACCUAUAUGUGUGUGGCCGCCAACAACGCAGGGCAGCGGGAGAGCCGAGCAGCCAGGGUGUCUGUCCAGGAGCCCCAGGAUUUCAAGGAGCCUUUGGAGCUUCUGGCUGUGCGCAUUCGGCUGGAAAACGUGACACUGCUGCAGCCGGACCCCGCAAAGGGCCCCAAGCCUGGGCCUGCCGUGUGGCUCAGCUGGAAGGUGAGUGGCCCUGCUGCACCCGCUCAGUCCUACACGGCCUUGUUCAGGGCCCAGACUGCCCCAGGAGGCCAGGGAGCUCCGUGGGCAGAGGCGUUGCUCGACGGCUGGCAGAGCGCAGAGCUUGGGGGCCUCCACUGGGGCCAAGACUAUGAGUUCAAAGUGAGACCAUCCUCCGGCCGGGCUCGGGGCCCCGACAGCAACGUGCUGCUCCUGAGGCUGCCGGAACAAGUGCCCAGUGCCCCACCCCAGGAGGUGACCCUAAAACCUGGCAAUGGCAGUGUCCUUGUGAGCUGGGUUCCACCACCUGCUGAAAACCACAACGGCGUCAUCCGUGGCUACCAGGUCUGGAGCCUGGGCAACACCUCACUGCCCCCAGCCAACUGGACUGUAGUGGGAGAGCAGACCCAGCUGGAGAUCGCCACCCGAAUGCCAGGCUCCUACUGCGUGCAAGUGGCUGCAGUCACUGGCGCUGGGGCUGGGGAGCCCAGUAGCCCUGUGUGCCUCCUUUUAGAGCAGGCCAUGGAGCGAGCCGCCCGAGAACCCCGUGAGCAUGGUCCCUGGAUCCUGGAGCAGCUGAGAGCCACCUUGAGGCGGCCAGAGGUCAUUGCCAGCGGGGGUGUUGUUCUCUGGCUGCUGCUGCUGGGCACCGCUGUGUGUAUCCACCGCCGGCGCAGAGCUGGGGUGCACCUGGGCCCAGGUCUGUACAGGUAUACCAGCGAGGAUGCCAUCCUAAAACACAGGAUGGAUCACAGCGACUCCCCCUGGCUGGCGGAUACUUGGCGUUCCACCUCGGGCUCCCGGGACCUGAGCAGCAGCAGCAGCCUCAGCAGUCGGCUGGGAGUGGACCCCCGGGACCCCCUAGACAGUCGUCGCUCCUUGAUCUCCUGGGACCCCCGAAGCCCCGGUGUGCCCCUGCUUCCAGACACCAGCACUUUUUAUGGCUCCCUCAUCGCUGAGCUGCCCUCCAGCCCCCCAGCCCGGCCAAGCCCCCAGGCCCCAGCUGUCAGGCGCCUCCCGCCCCAGCUGGCCCGGCUCUCCAGCCCCUGGGCCAGCUCAGACAGCCUCUGCAGCCACAGGGCGCUCUCUUCUCCACGCUUGUCUCUGGCCCCCGCAGAGGCUUGGAAGGCCAAAAGGAAGCAGGAGCUGCACCAAGUCAACAGCUCCCCACUGCUCCGGGCCAGCCACCCCCUGGAGCUCCAGGCCUGGGAGCUGGGAAACAGAGGCUCCAAGAACCUUUCCCAAAGCCCAGGCCGCUGUUCCCCAGGAGCUGUGCCCCGAGCUCUGGUUGCCUGGUGGGCCCUGGGACCGCAGCUCCGUAGGGCCUCAAAUGAGCUGGUUACUCGCCCUCUCCCUCCAGCACCCCUCUCUCCUCGUGGAAGCCCCAUGCAGAGUCAACAGACCCAGCACCUGGUGGCACCCCAAGCUCCAUCCUCUGUCCCGCUGCCAGCAGCCCCUGUCCCCAUCCUUAGCCCCAGCGGCACCUCCAGCCCCCAGGCCUCUUCCCUCUCUGGCCCCAGCCCAGCUUCCAGUCGCCUGUCCAGCUCUUCACUGUCCUCCCUGGGGGAGGAUCAGGACAGUGUGCUGACCCCUGAAGAGGUGGCCCUGUGCCUGGAACUCAGUGAGGGUGAGGAGACCCCCAGGAACAGUGUCUCUCCUGCGCCACGGGCUCCUUCACCCCCUACCACGUAUGGGUACAUCAGCGUCCCAACAGCCUCAGAGCUAGCAGACAUGGGCAGGACAGGCGGAGGGGUAGGCUCUGGAGCAGGGAGCCUGUUCCCACCUCGGCCCUGCCCCACCCCGACCCCCAGUGAGGGCUCCUUGGCCAAUGGUUGGGGCUCAGCCUCAGAGGACAAUGCCCCCAGCGCCAGAGCCAGCCUCGUCAGCUCCUCCGAUGGCUCCUUCCUUGCGGAUGCCCACUUUGCCCAUGCCCUGGCCGUGGCUGUGGAUAGCUUCAGUUUCGGUCUGGAGCCCAGGGAGGCAGACUGCGUCUUCAUGGAUGCCUCAUCACCUCCCUCCCCGAGGGAUGACCUCUUCCUCACCCCCACCCUCUCCCUGCCCCUGUGGGAGUGGAGGCCAGACUGGUUGGAGGACGUGGAGACCAACCACACCCAGCGGCUGGGAAGGGGGCUGUCUCCCUGGCCCCCUGACUCUCGGAUCUCUUCCCAGAGCAGUCGGCUCAGCUGUCCUGUGCCCAAGGCUGGUGCUUCUCCCAUAGAUUCCUCAUGAACUGUGCGCCUGAGACUGCCAAGAAGAGAAUCAGAACCACCUCUCCUGUCCGCCCACAAGGCCUGGGCUGUAGCUAGUGGGUCUUGGCCUACACUUCUCUGCAGUUGGGGUCCACCUUCCCUGACCUCCAGGAGAGUUCUCCUUCCAGGAUUGUGGAAACAAAUGAAAGCAAAACAAAAUAAGAGCAAAGCAGACCUGGAGCUCUCAGGGAGCAAAAUGUCCCCUCCAUCUCACUCCUAGACAUUGCUUUCUCCUCUGCUCACCCACUCCCACAACCAGGUCAUUUUGGCUGAAGGAGCAGCCUGUCUCCUUCUCUCCCCGCCCACCUGGAUCAGGGGAGGUGGGGGAGCCAGAGGUAUCUUCAUGGAGGAUGACAGCGACUGGUGCGAGAGGGCUGUGGAGGAAGGAACUUCUCAGAGCCUCCUCUCAGCCUUACCUGGCCUCUCUUCUAGAGGCAAGCUCGACUCUCCCCAACCACAACAUGUAAAGGAAAUAUAGAGGAAUGCCACCCAGGCAGUGAGGCCCUACCUCAUGCCAAGGCAAAGGGUUCAAGGCUGGGUCUGGGGAAGAAGCUGGAGGAAGGGAGGUGUGAGAAUGUGAGACAAAAGCACCCUCCUCAUACCCUUGUCACUAUCAGCUUAAGAAAUUUGAUACCAUAAAACUGUAAAGACUUGA